AUGAUGACUAUCACGCUCUGUAUUCUUCUUUACUCAGCUGCUGCUUCUGCGAAUCUGAAGAUCAUUAAUGGCCAGAAUUGUUCUCCUCACUCUCAGCCCUGGCAGGUUUUGCUGACCUUUAAUGGGUAUCGCUGGUGUGGGGGCUCCCUGAUAAACGACCAGUGGAUAGUGUCAGCUGCUCAUUGUUACCACCCGUCCAGCAUCCUCGUGGCUCAUCUGGGUGAGCACAACCUCUCUCACUCUGAGGGGACGGAGCAGCGAAUCCAAGUGGUCAAGGCCAUCGUGCACCCCAGUUACAACUACAGGAACUUCAACAACGACAUCUUGCUGCUCAAACUGGACUGGCCGGCCACAUUCGACCAGUACGUCAGGCCCAUCCCUCUGCCCAGCCAGUGUGCCACAGCCGGGACUCAAUGCAGCACCUCUGGCUGGGGAAGACUCAUGAUUAACGGAGGUAAGGAGGGCCGGGUCCUACAGUGCCUGAAUCAGCCCAUCCUGCCUGAUGCUGAUUGCGCCAAAGCUUAUCCUCUCUACUUCACGGACAACAUGUUCUGCUCAGGAUACUGGGAGGGAGGUCAGGGCACAUGCCAGGGAGACUCAGGGGGACCUGUGGUCUGUAAUGGGGAGCUACAAGGCAUUACUUCCUGGGGUUACCACUGUGCUAUGAAGGAUCAUCCCGGCGUCUUUGUGAAAGUUUGUAAUUACUACAAUUGGAUCCAAACGAUGCAUCGCAGAGUCCAAAACCCGGACUCCAGCUCAUUAGUCUCUGAGCUGGAGAUCCUCAAGCUGCGGACACCCACGAUGCAUCGCAGAGUCCAGAGCCCGGAUUCCAGCUCAUUAGUCUCUGAGCUGGAGUUCCUCGAGCUGCGGACACACACGAUGAUGACUAUCACUCUGUGUAUUCUUCUUUACUCAGCUGCUGCUCCUGCGAAUCUGAAGAUCAUUAAUGGCCAGAAUUGUUCUCCUCACUCUCAGCCCUGGCAGGUUUUGCUGACCUUUAAUGGGUAUCGCUGGUGUGGGGGCUCCCUGAUAAACGACCAGUGGAUAGUGUCAGCUGCUCAUUGUUACCACCCGUCCAGCAUCCUCGUGGCUCAUCUGGGCGAGCACAACCUCUCUCACUCCGAGGGGACGGAGCAGCGAAUCCAAGUGGUUAAGGCCAUCGUGCACCCCAAUUACAACUACAGGAACUUCAACAACGACAUCUUGCUGCUCAAACUGGCGUGGCCGGCCACAUUCGACCAGUACGUCGGCCCCAUCCCUCUGCCCAGCCAGUGUGCCACAGCCGGGACUCAAUGCAGCACCUCUGGCUGGGGGAGACUCAUGAUUAACGGAGGUGAAUUACCCGAAGUCCUACAGUGCCUGAAUCAGCCCAUCCUGCCUGAUGCUGAUUGCGCCAAAGCUUAUCCACUCUACUUCACGGACAACAUGUUCUGCUCAGGAUACUGGGAGGGAGGUCAGGGCACAUGCCAGGGAGACUCAGGGGGACCUGUGGUCUGUAAUGGGGAGCUACAAGGCAUUACUUCCUGGGGUUACCACUGUGCUAUGAAGGAUCAUCCCGGCGUCUUUGUGAAAGUUUGUAACUACAACAAUUGGAUCCAAGCGGUCAUGGAUGAAAACUGAGUGGAGAAUCCUAACCCUGAAACUACCUGCAAUGAG